AUGCCGGCUGAUGAUGUGUUGCUCAUCAGCUCCUGGUUGAACACAUCAAAGGACCUUGUAGUGGCGAAUGAGCAAAAGAAUGGUGCCUUCUGGUCCCAUGUUGCUGUUUACUUUGCAGCUUGUCCAAUGGCUGCAGGUCGAGAAAUGAGGGAGCCAGGACAUUGCAAGCAACGUUGGCAAAAGAUCAAUGAUCUUGUCAACAAAUUUUGUGGCUCCUACGAAGCAGCAUCAAGAGAGAGGACAAGUGGACAGAAUGAAAAUGAUGUCUUGAAGCUUGCCCAUGAGUUGUACUACAACAACUACAAAAAGAAAUUUACACUGGAAUAUGCUUGGAAGGAGCUUAGAAAUGAUCAAAAAUGGUGUGAGCUCUCUGCUUCAAAAACGGGUGGAAGCACAAAAAAGAGAAGAUGUGAUGUUGGUCCACAAACCGCAACCUCUCAAGCUGAGGAGUCAAUGACUGGUGGAGAGGCUUCUGGAAGCAAAAGGCCACCUGGUAUUAAGGCAGCUAAAGGCCUCGCUAAGAGACAAACGGUGGUGGCCAAAGAAGACUUUCAAACCAUGUGGAGCUUCAGGGAGAAGGAUAAUGCUACGAAGGAAAGAGUGACUAAGAUGAGUGUGCUAGACAAAUUGCUUGCAAAAGAAGGACCGUUAGCUGAGUAUGAAGAAGCUUACAAGAGAAAGCUCAUCAACGAGCUGAUGGAUAUUUAA